AAUUCGGGUUCAAGGAUUUGUAUUGUUGACGAAGCUUCAGAUAUACCGGAAGCAGAAUUAAUGUCGACGUUGAGCUUAGACAAGCUCGAACACAUUAUUUUAAUAGGUGACAAAUAUAUGUCUAAGCCAGAUGUUAAAAGUGUGAUAGCUCAACGUGGUAACAGGAACGUAUCGUUGUUUGAACGAUGGAUGCUGAUUGGUGGGAAAUAUGUUGAAUUAACUCAACAAAGUCGUAUGCACCCUAAAAUUUAUAAACUUAUGAACGUUCUUUACAACUGUAAGCUGAACAUUGAUUCUCGGGCCAACAAUAUCCCAUCCAUUCCAGGUAUCGCAUCAAAUUUGUUUUUUAUGAGCCCUGAACAUAAUGACAAUGCUAACGAGCAUGGGAUAAUACGAAAUGAGCAUGAGGCUGAAUUCGUUGCGAACUUCGCCUUUUAUCUUUUUCAACAAGAGCAUAAUUUUGAUCCACAACGGAUUACGAUUUUAACCCCUUUUAAGGCGCAAAAACAAUUAAUUUGGA